AUGAUGGAGUGGAUAAAAGUGACCACUCAUGUGGCACCGAUGCUGAUUCAAGCUGGUUUGCUCAAUCUGGUAUGGACGCACCCUGAUCAAUUUCAAAACCCGACUAUUCGAUGGGCGAGACUGGCCUUAUUGCCCCUCAGCUUCAGCUUCCUGCUUUCAGAUCUGUGGAACCUGAAGAAUUCUCAAUUAUCGAUUUUCAUCAAGACCAACUUGGGAUGCACCUGGGGAGGGCACGCCUUCCGAAUAGCCUUACUGACCUUUCAGCAGCCGGUCUCGGAAAAACAAUCAAAAGAUUCUCCUUCGGAUGAAAAGUCCACCUCAAAAGUUUCUGAAGACGAUCGACAGUCCGCCUUACAAAACCUUACUAGCAUUUUCUUGCUUGCCUUCGCUGGGAGCACCAAUCCAUCCACGAAAGCAAGCUUGUUACCAGGAUUCAAUCAAGGCAUACACGAGGACCUAAUCUUUUUCUUGGGAACACUUAGGCGAAUGAUUUUUCUCAACUUCUCGAGCGUUGCUGCACUAAUGGUCUGGAAAUUAUCGAACGAUGAAAGCAUUAUAUUAAAUCAGCCAAUCUUCGUGUUGAUCAGAAACUACAAAUCGGAGAUUAGAGCGUUUUCUUGGGGGAUGUUCGUUUGGAUUGGGAUAGAUCUACCGGGGUGUCUACAUAGAUUAUCAAUGUUUGCCCUCAAAGUAACCAGCCGAUUAUUAUCAAAAGUCGUUUCUGAUCCCAAAAUUUCAAAGACCCUCGAAAGAUUCAAUCAAGUGGAUUUGAGUCAAGCGUUCCCCUUCAUCUUCAAAAAGUCCCCCCUGGGCGCCUCGAGUGUGACGGAUUUCUGGAGUAGACAUUGGCACGAAAUGUUGAAGGACCUUUUCGUCGAAGCAGGGGUGACUCCGGUGACCUACUUUCUGGUCAGCUUUCUCGGAUUCCAGCUCACGUCGAAAUUCGUCCGAAUCUCUGGAAUCAUGGGCGCGUUCGCAGUUUCUGCAGUAAUCCACGAAGUUGGUGAGUGA